CAUUUUCCUUUUCCUUUUCCUUUUCCUUUAAAUACUGUUCCCUCCUUUUCGUGUCAUUUGAAAUCCAGUGAGUGGUGAGUGAUAGUCCUUGAGUGAAUUGAGUGUUUUGGAAAGAAGAAUGGCAGCAGAGUCAGAAGGAGAAGGAAAUAAAGAGUUAAUUGUAGAUGAUGACCUUAGAGAAAUGGGCAGCAAAGCUGUUUGGAGUGUCGGCUCUUGCAAGCCUGGCAAUGGCGUCUCUUUUCUACGCGACGAUAAUCUCAACUCCUAUUGGCAAUCGGAUGGUCCCCAGCCACAUUUGGUUAAUAUUCAGUUCCAGAAGAAGGUUAAGUUGCAAUUGGUUGUGAUUUAUGUGGAUUUUAAGCUUGAUGAGAGUUAUACGCCUAGUAAGAUCUCUAUUCGAGGUGGUGAUGGUUUCCACAACUUGAAGGAGAUAAAAACUGUGGAACUUGACAAGCCAUCUGGCUGGGUCUAUCUAUCCUUAUCUGGACACGAUCCUAGCUAUUUUCACCUGCAAUGCAGGGAAACCUUUGUCAAUACUUUUAUGUUGCAAAUUGCUGUGCUGUCAAACCACCUUAAUGGGAGGGAUACUCAUGUGCGCCAAAUCAAAGUUUAUGGGCCUCGUCCGAACCCUAUUCCACAUCAGCCAUUUCAAUUUACUUCAAAGGAAUUCAUUACUUACUCUACUCUGAGAUAAGAAAAUGUGGGACUUUGAAGCAUGAAGUUAAUCAUAUUAUAUAAAAAUCAUGCAGUGCUCUCCAAUUCAUGUAGAAUCUACAGCAUUAAGGUGUUCAAGAAGGGUUGAAAUUGUGUGCUUUAUUGAUUACAUUUUGCUUCUUUUGCUCGGAAUUCAUGUAAACCAACUUGAAGUAUAGGCCAUAUCAGUUUGAUCAUUUCUUGUGUCCCUGUGAGUCUGUAAACUUUUAUCUGGAAAGAGACCUUGCAGACAAACGUUAUAGUCAACGAAAUUAUGUGCUUGU